CGGAGCCGCGCAUGCCGCUAUAAAACCCCGCCAUUCUCGCCCCGACUGACCGCAGGAGAAGCUUUUGUUCGUCUCUUGAUUGAGAUCGUUCUUGAUGGAGCGCAAGAACUCGUUCGGCUCGUCGUGGGCGGACCAGUGGGACUACGGCAGCGACCCGGCCCCGCGGGCCGGCGGCAAGAAGCAGGGCGGCGUCGGCGGCGGCGUGGAGAAGACCAAGGCGGCCGCGGCCACGGGGCUGAAGAAGGUGAAGGAGGGCACCGCGCACGGCUUCCAGUGGAUCAAGGGCAAGGUCCAGAAGAAGAAGCAGGGCGCCACCGCCGCCGGCGACGACGUGGCCGCCGGGUAUUAGGCAGCCAGGCCCGGCUGAUCCCUGGAGGAUGGAACGCCGAUCGAUCGAUUGGCCGAUCUGUUGGUUUCUUGCGUCCUUCAAUUGGUUGUGUACAUAUAGUUUUAACGUCUGAUUCAGGGUUGGCACCGCCAUGUAGACCAUCGAUCGUUUUAGAUCUCUACUUAUUGAUUGAUUCUUUCUUC